AUGAGCGCCUUCGAAGAGCUGGGCAUUUGCCCAGAGAUUAUUCAAGCAGUCGAGGAGGAUGACUGGCUGUUGCCCACACCUGUACAGCAGGAGGCGGUGCCUUUGAUCCUCGGUGGAGGUGAUGUCUUGGUGGCUGCUGAGACUGGCAGCGGCAAGACUGGUGCUUUCGGUCUUCCAUGUCUGCAGAUCGUGCACGAGACUUUGCGGGGUAAGUGCGCAACAAGGAAAGCUACUGCAUCGGACCUGAAGUGCGAGCUGAAUUUGAAUGACAAGGACAUGUUUGUGCUGGUCACAGAGGACGGCAUGGAAUGCAAAAGUGAGGAUGACAAGCGAUGGAACGGGAUCAGAGGGACCAUCGAGGUCAUGCAGGGCAAAUACAUGUACGAGGUAGAGGUGGUCGAAGGAAUGGUGAGAAUAGGCUGGAGCGCAGGCUUUGCAAAGCUUGAGCUGGGCAUUGACGACAAAAGCUUUGGCUAUGGCUCUACUGGGAAGAAGAGCUGGAACAGGAAGUUUGAGGAUUAUGGUGAGACGUUUGAGGAAGGUGAUGUCAUUGGUUGCCUGCUCGACCGCGAGAAGCAAACCAUUGCCUUCACCAAGAAUGGCCGAGACCUAGGUGUGGCCUACAAGCUUCCGCCAGACAUGCAGCGCAUUGGCCUGAAGCCCCACAUUUGCGGCAAGGGCUUCAUGGCCGCCGCGAAGUUCGAUGGCCCUAUGGAGUAUCCAGUGGAAGGCUAUGCGCCGAUAGGUGAAAUUGACCCCACGCACACGCCGCAGGGCACUUCCCAAGCCAAGGGCAAGCGCCCUCCGCUGUGUAUGAUCCUUGAGCCAACGAGGGACCUUGCGGAGCAGACCUACAAAUGCAUGACUACCUUCAACAGAUACCUUGACAACCCGACGGUGCGCAUCACCCUCUUUGUCGGAGGAAUCGACGAGAAGGAGCAGUUUCGUGCUUUGGAAGAAGGCGUGGACAUUGUUGUUGGGACACUCCAGAAGCUCAUGGACUAUGUGAGGAGAGGAAAAUUGGAUGUGACUCACUUGAAGUUCUUGGUCCUCGACGAAGCAGAUGACCUUCAGAAGAAGGAUGACCGCAAGGACAUCCCUCGCCUGAACGCGCAGAUCAAGCGAGGGCGCCGGGAUCGUGUCCAGACCCUGUUCUUCAGUGCCACGCUCCAUACUCCGGAGGUGAUCCAGAUGAUUGAUGAUAUCACGUCCAGACCAAUUUGGGUUGACUUGAAGGGCAAGGACUCUGUGCCUGAGACAGUUCAGCACGUGGUCUUGUACAUUGAUCCGUAUCAAGACCUCCAAUGGUCAGACACGGAGAUUGCAGUCCGUGCAAAGGCUCCGAAGGAGCAGCCGGAGCCGGAUGGCGUCCAUAGCAAGUCCUCCAUGUCAUCCAUCGACAGUAAGCACCCGGAAGCGCUGAAGCUUUCGGAGAAGAUCAAGAUCAUGAAGCCCAAGAUGGUCGUGAAGAUCGCCGAUGCCUUCAGCAUGACGCAAUGCCUCGUCUUCUGCCGCACCAACGUGGAUUGCAACAACUUGGAGGACUACCUGAACCGCUUGGGUGGCACCAAGGGCUACGGUGGCAAGAUGGAAACAGGCAAGGAGAACCCCUACUCCUGCGUGGUCCUGGCGGGAAUGCGGAAUCAGGACGAGAGACGAUCAAAUCUGGAGUCUUUCAAGGAGGGCGACGUUCGCUUCCUGAUUUGCACAGAUGUCGCAGCGCGCGGCAUUGAUAUCGCCGGUCUUCCCUUCGUCAUCCAGACGACUCUGCCUGAUGACAUCGAGAACUACAUCCAUAGAAUCGGUCGAUGCGGCCGAGCGGAGCGGAUGGGUUUGGCCAUCUCCAUUGUUGCGACUGAGAAGGAGAAGGUUUGGUACCACAAAUGUCCUUCCAGGGGCAAGGACUGCAAGCCGUGGCCCGGCAACACCAAGCUGACCAUCCCCUUCGGGAACGACCAGAAGCUCAGGCAGCGAGAUGACGCAAACUGGAUCGUCGAUGAGGGUGGCUGCUGCAUUUGGUACGACGAGCCAGACCUCAUCAAGAAGGUUGAGUCUCGCAUCGGACAGCCCAUGAAGGUGAUGGAUCUAGAGGACUUCAGCGUGCCUGGCGUGAUAGAAAGUCCUUUGGGUGAAGUGGGCAAGAAGAGAAUAAAGAAGGAGGCCGUCGUCAAAGAACCUCCAAGCAGAAGAGCACAGAUGAGGAAGAAAGAGGAGGCCAGCGUGGUGGUCUACGGCGCCAAGAAGGGCGACAAGACCUUGGCGAUGACGGCGAAGAAGACCAGUUCCCUGGCACCUGUGGUCGGAGAGCUGGCGACGCUGGAGAAAGAGAUCCAGCAGAUGUUCGGCAAGGUCAUGUCGGGAGCCUGCUUGCACUUUGAGCGCUGCAAUCGGUUGAAGGUGCUGAAGAAAUUCACCAUUCAGGAUUUGGACCCUUGA